AUGUCAUCUUUGAAGUCACUGGCAAAUUCCGAAGACCAGUCACCGUGCCGGAGUGAAAAUUCAUCCCUUCUUCCCAUACAAUCGAACGCAAAGCGAAAUGGUCGUUGCAGAAUCAAUAUGGUUUACACUGGAUACAUUUUGUACCUAAUGUUGCUGUUAUGGUUGAUCGCUGGCUCAGUCCUCUACUUUGUACGUGCGUAUUUCUGUUGCAUAAAAGAACGCCACACUUCCUUCAGGUGUUCAAACUUCGUUACGUUUCCUCACUCACAAGAAUUAGAGCUGGCGUGGCUGUUAUCUCAGGUAGUCUGUAUGGUGACUUUCGCAUUUUUUCUAAGGAAGGUUCCCGGAUUUCUCGGCUACUCUGUGAUAUUCGGAAAAGCUAUUCGUCUUCCAACUUUUUGGUCUAUUACGAUACUGCAGAUGAUGGAAACUAUCGGAUUUGCGAUCAUCAUAUACUUCAGCGAUUUAACUAAAAUGCAGAUUUCCUUAGUGGUAAGCUUUUGUCUGCACGGAAUGUCGUUGAUUGCAAUCAUGAGCGUUUUAAACUUUACUCCAGUUAAUCCUGUAAAGAACAUUUACAAUAACUUAGCGCUUUUAAUUUGCAAAUUGACCCUAAUUGUGCUGUUCGUGCAAAUUUUCAUCAUUUUUACAAUAGGCUCUGUUCAGUUUGCUUUUAAGGUAACAGGCCUGGACGACUUGGGAAAGUCAGCUAAUUUUGUUAAAGUUUUCAGACAGCUCCGAGAAUUUCCGCAAGUCAUUUUUUACUACAAGGCAUCCGUGUUUUUUUUCACAAGCUCUUCUUGGAUAACAAGAACAUAUUAUCUUCCGGUGAAUAUUUGA